UAGUAUUGUUGGCACUAUUUGAACAUUGUUUGAACAAUAUUUGACACAAAUUUUGCACUUUGUUUGUCAAAAAAGAAAAGAAAUAAUUGCCCGCUUAUUAUUAAUGACUUUGAAGAUUCCAAAACUAUGACCAAUUACCCAAAUUCCAAAAAAAGUGAUUCAGUCCUUUUGAAACGGUUCAUUCAAAGAACUGCACGACCUUAUCGUUUUGCAGAUUCCCUUACGGGCUUCCUUCUCUCUUCGCACCUGAUAUUUUCGCACCACCAUACUCCGCCAAAACCGCCGGACUGCCUCACCGCACAGGCCGUGCUCUUCCUCUUCUUGCCUCGCCAGACAGGUUGCCGUUUCUCCUCCUUGUUGCUUCUCUGCCUCGCCGUAUCUCCGCCUCGCCGCUUCUCUGUCUUGUCUCGCUGUUGCGCCUCUCUGUCCCAAGGUUGAUGUUCGUUGACCUUCUUCAGAUCGUCGUCGCCCUACACCGCUUCUAUUUCUUCUCUUUCUGUCCGACGUUGUCCUGGAGAUUGGCGGCCGGGAUUGUGGUCAAUGAUAGAUCCGGAUCUAGAUCCAUGGCGAUGGUAGCUAUGGUAAGAUCUGGGGCAGAAGGGUCGUGGUGGGCUUCGAUGAGGGCUAGUGGGCAUCGAUGGGGGUUGUAUGGGGAUUGUUUGGCAAUGAGAGGGCUGGAUGAAGUUCGGCCGGCAUCCGGCAGACGGCGGCGUCCCCCACCGGAGGGGACACCUGGCAGCGGUGGUCUCUGGCGAUGCAGGCACUUUAGCCGGUGAAUGGGCAGUCACUUUGGGCCGGGUCAUUGAGACCGGUGCGCGGGCGGGCAGUCACUUUGGUUGGAGGCAGUGCUGUCGCUGGCGGGCGGUGGGGCAGUCACUGACGGUGGGGCAAUCACUGGCUGCGGAGUCACUGUGACCGUAACCGGAGUCACUGGGUGGUGGUCACUAUGGCCGAUAGGCGGGAGUCACUUUGGUGACAGUCACUGUGACGUCAAUCACUGUGACCGGAGUCACUUUGGCCGCCGCCGCCGGCGGUGGUGCCGGUGGCGGCGGCGUGCCGGUGGUGGUAGAAGUAGUGGUGCUGGGGUCGGCGGUCUGGAGGUGCUAUAAAGGAAUAUUUAAAAAUAAAUAUAUGAUUAAUUAUAAAGAGUAAAUGACUUUAGUCACAUUUUAAGAAAAAUUUAAAACAAAUCACUUUUUUAUCUUUUUCAUUUAUUUUAGUAAUAUUGGAAUAAAAAGGCCAAAAGAAAAAGGGACUUUAUUUAAGAAUGAUCCAAAAAGGAAAUAAAUGUUUUUAUUUAGGGAUGGAGGGAGUACGUGAAUAUGGAAUGUGCGUAUUUGUUAGCAAAGAAAAGUGACCAAAGUAAGCUCGUUUUGAGUGUUUAGUUGAAUAAACGAACAUUUACC